CCGGAAAGAGGUCGUUCUCGCGAGAUCUGAGAGCUCCGUAGUCUCGGCGGAAGUUGGUUGGUUCUUUCUUUCCGGGCGGCCGUUGGCAAGCUUGCUGUGGUCAAAAUGAAGUUCAAUCCAUUUGUGACUUCAGACCGCAGCAAGAACCGCAAACGGCACUUCAAUGCACCAUCUCACAUUCGCAGGAAGAUAAUGUCUUCUCCUUUGUCCAAGGAGUUGAGGCAGAAGUACAAUGUUCGGUCCAUGCCCAUUCGAAAGGAUGAUGAAGUCCAGGUCGUCCGGGGCCAUUACAAGGGGCAGCAGAUUGGCAAGGUAGUCCAAGUAUAUAGAAAGAAGUAUGUCAUCUACAUUGAACGUGUACAGCGUGAGAAAGCCAAUGGUACAACUGUACAUGUGGGCAUUCACCCCAGUAAGGUGGUGAUCACAAGACUAAAGUUGGACAAGGAUCGUAAAAAGAUUUUGGAACGUAAAGCGAAGUCUCGCCAAGUUGGUAAAGAAAAAGGAAAAUACAAGGAAGAAACAAUUGAGAAGAUGCAAGAAUAAAAUGGACUCGUGUGAAACCCAUUAAAAUUCUAGUCAAAUAUAA